UGAAGAAGGAACAUGCCUAUCCUUUCAUCCACAUUCUUCUUUCUUUCACUCUCAACUCAAACCAAACCCUUCUCUUCCAACUUCACCCAAAAACUUCACCCUUCUUCUUCUUCAAAGAACACUCUCAUAUGGAUCCUCCGAGCCAUUCCAGAAUGGGCUGACAUAGUGAAAGAACAUGGGGUGCAACAGAACCGAACCUUAUACGACCACCAUAGAUGGGUUGAACACCGAAGCUCUCUACGCCACGUUCGCCACUUCUUCUCCAGCCUCUCAUCGCGCGUGGUUCUUUCUCUGGUGCCUCCCGUGGUGGCAUUCACCGCUUUCGCCGCCUUCAUUGCAGCGUACAACACGGCGGUGUUGGAGCACUGGUUGCCGGAGUUUUUUUCGUUGCUGAGGGCGUCAUCGCUGAGCUACCAGCUGACGGCGCCGGCGCUGGCGCUGCUGCUGGUGUUCCGAACGGAGGCGGCGUACUCGAGGUUCGUGGAAGGGAAGAAGGGUUGGACGAGUGUGAUUAGUGGGGUUCAUGAUUUUUCUAGGGUUGUGAUGGGUUGUGUUGAGAAUAAUAAUAAUAAUGAUGAUGCUGAUUUUCAUAUCAAGAUGGCACUCUUGCAUUACAUCAUGGCAUUUCCUGUUGUGCUUAAGUGUCAUGUGUUGUAUGGUUCGGAUGUUAGGAGAGACCUCCAACAUUUGCUAGAAGUAGAUGAUAUAGAGCUUGUGGUUAAUUCCAAACACCCGCCACGCUGCAUUAUUGAGUUUAUCUCACAAAGCCUUCGACAGCUAAAUUUGGAGGAUUCAAGAAGAAAUGUUUUGGAGUCAAAGAUAUCUUGUUUCCAUGAAGGAAUUGGCAUUUGUGAACAACUUCUGAGUAUUCCAAUACCACUAUCAUAUACUCAUUUGACCUCAAGGUUUCUUGUACUCUGGCAUCUGACACUCCCUAUCAUACUUUGGGAUGAUUGUCAUUGGAUUGUGGUUCCUGCUACCUUUAUUAGUGCUGCCUCCUUGUUCUGCAUUGAAGAAGUUGGAGUUCUAAUAGAGGAGCCAUUUCCAAUGCUUGCACUUGAUGAUCUCUGCAAAAAGGCUCACAAAGACAUUCAAGAAGCAAUUGCAACUGAAAAUUUAAUUCGAGCUCAACUUGUUGCAAAGAGAAAUAGCUACUCUAAGGAGCACUCACAAAAUGGCUGGCCUAACUGUUAGAUGAAAGGGAAACACUUUUCUAUGAAUGUCUUCUCCAACUUGUGCUAAUGAGGUGGCUUUGUAUAUGGUCAGUCAAGCUGAUUGCAAGGAAAGCAAGCUGUUAUGUAAUUACACAUCAUAAUCCUAAAAUACUUGCAAAAGUUUGAGAAUUUCUUUAUGAAAUUGUCAGAAAUUCACCAAAACAAAUUGGGAUGUAGGAAUAUAUUCUUCUUUUGAUGUAAUCUGUAUAUAUCAUAAUCAUGUAAAUGUAAAGUCAUUCAUAGAGGAUUAUAGGCACUUUUUUUUGUUGUUUUUGAUAUUUGUAAAUUUAAAAGCUUAAACUGUUAGGUGAAGGUCAUUUUCUCAACAUGAA